AUGGAAGUUAUAAAAUCGAAUCUUCGUACUGAAAAUAAAAGUAGAGUUUAUUGUGCGGUGAAUGGUUGUGGUAGUAAAUCUCAUACGAAUUUAGAAGUUAGUUUUCAUGCUAUACCUAAACCACACAUGAGAGUGUAUUCAUUAUGUUCAUUACAUUUUCAAAGGAAUGAUUUUAUUCUACCAAGUGUUAUUACUAAAAAGAUGACCUUAACAAAAACAUGUGUUCCAUCGUGUAAUCUACCAAGCUCUGUUAAAGAAUCAAAUAAAGCUAAAAAAAAUAUAGAGGCACGACGUCAGCGUCUAUUAAAUCGGAGCUUAAAUAAGGAUGCUGUGAAAAAACAUAAUGAUAUUAAUGAGGAUUCUAGUGCUAAAAAUUUGGAUAAUUUAGUGCUUGAUAAAAGAGAUGAGAACUACUUUACCAGUGAUAAUGUUAUUGAAAAACCUUCUGAAAAAAUAUAUAAUGAUGUUGAAGUUCAGGUGGAAACUUUAUUUAUAAAACCAUCAUUCAUGGAUUUUAUAAAGUCAGAAGAAAAUUUACGAACAGCAACAGGAAUUCAAUCGUAUGAGCUAUUGGAUCUGAUUGUUGAACUUGUUUAUGAUCAUUAUGGUGCAACUAUGCACAAAAGUGAAAUGAGCUUAAAAGAAAAAAUUAUUAUGACCUAUGUCAAAUUGAAACAGAAUCUUUCGUACUCAUUUUUAACUAUUAUUUUUAAUAAUUGCUCACCGAGGCACUGUAAACGAAUUUUUUACCACACUUUACAAAUGUUAAGUGAGACACUAAAACCUAUGAUAUCUUGGCCGUCAAAGGAUGAAAUUUCUCGAAAUUUACCGAAAGUGUUCGAAGGAUUCGAAGAUGUUAGGGUUGUGGUAGAUUUUACUGAGAUUUUCAUUCAAGCUUCAACUAAAUUAUGCUGUCAGGAAGUUGUUUAUUCAAAUGACAAAUCGUCUCCAACGAUCAAGAUUAUGACUGGAGUAUCACCGGGAGGGACAAUUACAUUUAUAAGUAAACCGUUUGGAGGAAGAGCUAGUGAUACUGAAAUAUUUUCAAACAGUGAAUUAAUCAAUUUUCUUGAAGAUAAUGAUGGAGUAAUGUGUGAUCGAGGAUUCUUAAUAGACGAGCUUUGUGCUCGAAAACGUUGGAAACUUAUUAGACCACCGUUUUACCUUACCUCACAAAUUGCUAAAGCUCGAGUGCAUGUAGAAAGAUCUAAUCAGCGAAUCAAAACUUUUGCUAUGGUUGGUGAAACAAUGUCGGUGAAAUUGGUACCAAUUGUAGAUGAUAUUUUUAGUGUUAUUUGUGAAACUGUCAACCUCAGUUCACCAAUUUUAAAGGAUGAUAAAUUUAUGCAGAAUUAA